AUGUCCGAACAAAAUAUCCUCGACCAACGCUCGGCUAUGAUACACUCCGAAGCGGCUCAAGGCCAUGGAGACGACAGGGUUCCUCACGACUCGGACGACGAGCCCAUGGUCUACGAGAUUCCCAUGGACUCCGCAGCUUUUUCACGCCAGGAGCGCGACCGCCUCAUCGCCGAGGGCGCCGAUCCUGAUUCCGUCAUCCUCCAAAGCGAACUACACAAUCAUGUUAUGCGGCAAAAAGGCGAGUCCAUUGACGACUAUGCGAAGCGUUACUCCGAUACUAUGAACGCCAUGAUUCGUCGCGGCGUUUCUAUUCUGAAUGAUCUGCUUAUUGCUGAUGUGGUGCCAUCCGAAUUUAGAACCGAAGAUGGGAGGCUUUUCGAUUUGGGCCCGGAAUCGGGCGCGACGAAGAGGGAGUAUCGAGAAUUUAGCCAGUGGCUCUCAGCAGCGGGGGAUUUGAAUUAUGACAGCGGGGAUAGUCCAUGA